CACGAUAAAUUAGUUACAAGCAUUGAUUGGGCACCAGAAUCUAAUCAAUUGGUUACAUGUUCUCAGGAUCGUAAUGCAUAUGUUUGGAAUUUUGACUUGACCACCAAUAAAUGGAAGCUAACAUUAGUAUUGUUGCAAAUUAAUCGUGCAGCUAUAUUCGUACGUUGGUCACCUAAUGAAAAUAAAUUUGCUGUAGCGUCUGUACUAAGUCUUAACUGGCAUCCAAAUAAUGUACUUUUGGCAGCUGGUUGUGCUGAUUUCAAGGCGCGUGUUUUCUCCGCGUUUAUUAAGGGUGUCGAUCAAAAACCACCCUCAUCACCAUGGGGUGACAAACUUCUGUUUAAUACUAUCUAUGGUGAAUUCUCCAACGAUAGUGGUGGUUGGAUUCACAGUGUUUCAUUUUCACCGAGUGGUGACGCAUUAGCUUUUUCAGGUCAUGAUUCACAAAUUUGUAUUGCGUACGCGGGUAGUGGAACUCAGAAUGUUAGGACAACUGGUUUACCAUAUUUAAGUUUACUUUGGAUUACCGAGGAAAAAUUGAUCGCCGCCGGCUAUGAUUGUGUCCCUGUAUUGUUUGAAAAACAAGGUCAACAAUGGAAGUUUUCUAAAGUAAUUGAUGUGAGUAAGAAAAAGAUAGCUACUGAAACGACCGCUUUUAAUAGAUUUCAUGAUUGGAAUUCAAAAGGAAUCU